AUGGGAAAAACACAAAAUCUGACCACGCACACAACUUUGAAAAAGAAAAAUAAUGGAAAAGUUUUUUGGACACUAAAUUACUUGCCCUCAGUCACAGGCAAUGGAAUGACCAAACAAUAUAAUGAAUUACAACAACUUUCUUUACAUCAAUUCGUUAGUUUGCUAAUAGUUCUUGAUUAA